UCUUCACUUGUCUCCCAUCACUUCCCCCCCACACCUCUAAUGUUUUCCCAUUUCUAAUCCAAACUCUAGCCCAGUUGUAAGUAAUUGAUGGAGUGGAGGAAGGACACAUCAACUCGUUAAUUACGGAGCAGCUGUCAGCAAAAGAGUUGCAAUAAAGAAAAUCGCCCGAGGGGAUUGAAGCAGACGGAGAGCAGCGCGGAGACCGGCGAAGGCGAAGGAAGGAAAGGGGGGGGGAAGACUGCUUCAGGUGACCGAGUCGCGAUGGAGGCGCGCGGCAUGCGUGAUUAGGGAGCACCGCUUGUUGGAAAAGCGCUCGCUUUGUCCAGGUGGAUUACAAAGUGAACAAGCACCAGAACUGACCGGGACCGCCCUUUGUCUCGCUACUUCACUUGGACGGAUUAUCUCACAAUCAUGAACGUGUCGCCCCCGGACCGCAGGAAAAACGUGCUGCGAGAGCUGGCUUUGGAGAUUGGCAUCCGAGUUCUGCUUUUCGGAGUUUUUGUAUUUACAGAGUUUCUGGAGCCCUUUGAGAGAGUGAUUCAACCAGAGGAACUUUGGCUCUACAAGAAUCCUCUGGUUGAGUCAGACCACAUCCCCAAGAGGGUCAUGUUCGCAAUUUCAUUCCUCACCCCACUGGCGGUGAUAUUUGUGGUGAAGAUAAUUCAGAGGACGGACAAGACAGAGCUCAAAGAGGCAUGUUUAGCUGUGUCCCUGGCCCUCGCCCUGAAUGGAGUCUUCACGAAUACUAUCAAGUUGAUUGUUGGCAGACCCAGGCCCGAUUAUUUCCAGCGUUGUUUCCCUGAUGGACAAGUAAAGGGGGAUGCGAGGAUGCUGUGCACCGGAGAGCCAGAUCUAGUCUCUGAUGGACGCAAGAGCUUCCCCAGCAGCCAUUCCUCCUUUGCAUUCUCCGGACUUGGCUUCACCUCCUUCUACCUGGCGGGGAAGCUGCAGUGUUUUACGGAUCAAGGUCGAGGGCGUAGCUGGCGUCUCUGUGCCAUGGUGCUGCCUCUCUACAGCGCUAUGAUGAUUGCACUGUCCCGGACCUGCGACUACAAACACCACUGGCAAGACGCCUUUGUUGGAGGAGUGAUCGGGUUGCUGUUUGCGUACAUCUGCUAUCGCCAGCACUAUCCACCCUUUCUGCACACGGACUGCCACCUGCCUUAUGCCAGUCUGGCUGCUGCUGCCCACACGCCCUCGCAUCCCCAGGACGACCCGCUGCCCACUGACAAUGCCACCACCCUUCCCCUGGAGGGCUUGACUGAAGGGCCAGUAUGACUAGUGUCCACCACCGAGACUCCCCCCAACACCCUCACCAAGCCACUGAACCCACUUCCCCAUUCCCAGUGACAUGACUGGCUCUUCUAUACAUUCCAGUGGACAAUGAUACACCUCACCCAUCUCCAUACUGUUGCACCCUGUCUCGGUGACACCUACAUUUUGUUUGUUUAGUUUUUUUUUUAUUAUUAUUAUUAUAAUAUAUCUGGAUCUUGCUCAGCAGCCGUCAAAGUCUAUAUUUAGAUUUAUCUACGAAUAUGGGACAUCACCGCUGAGAGGGAAGAGAGAAAAUCAUGUUGAAAACCAGAGAAAAAAAAGUCUUACUAAUGGCUGUGAAGGAAGAUGAAAACAUUGCUAGUUUUUGCUGGGAUUGUUUUGGCUUAAUGAGAAAUGUGGUUUGGCAGGUUGUUUCUUGCUGGAGUAUAUUUAUUGUUUGGCUGUUAAAGGAUUAGAAGAGCAGGUUGGGGAGAUUCUGAGAAAUCCCCUGAAAUGUCACAGCAAUCAAAUGAAACCAGUUAAACUAUUAGAUUAUUGUAUGUUGUAUGUCCCACUAUGAAACAAAUUGUGAUGCUGCAUUUUCAUUUAAAAUCCAAGGACUUGGGCACUGCUUUUAGUGAGUUUUGCAACAUAAUGCUAGAUAUAGAACCUACUUGUACCAAGUAAGAACCAAGUAUUCAAUGUUACCUAACUUUACUCUUCUGCACUCACCCAUUUUUUUGUUAUUCCAUUUCUCCCCAUUCUCUUGGGGGCUUGUAUAGUUUUCCACUGCAGUCCUACAUAUCACCGCUUCCCCUCUUCUCUUCCUCUCCUUGACACCAUCCAACUUUAUUUUCCACAAUCCCUGCAUUUAGCAAAUGUUCCCAGAGGUUGCACGGAGACAUGAACUCAAAUUGUAGCUCAACGAGUGCAGUCUAGUACAGGCGGGUGGGAAUGACGUGGUGAAAGUGUGUCUGGACAGGCACAAGCUCAAAUCUGAUCCUGCAUUAAUCCUCAUUAAGUAAGGUCAGCCACGGCUGCUUAUGAGCACAUUAGGACUGUAUGAGGUGCUCCACGGAUUGACUGAGCAUUGCAAAUGGCUUUCAGCCCACUGUAGCCCCACAAAUAGACAAACUAGCAUUCAGGAGACGACAGGCCUGAACCCGGGGGCAGUGAUGGAGAUGUAUUAUUCAUCCAUUAAUGUUCCAUUAUUUAUGAAAAUUUCCAGCCUUAAUUUAGGGACAUCAUGUGAAAACAAACCAACAGACACCAAAGAUUUGUAGUUUUUUCCUGCUUGGGUUGUAUGCAACCUGUUAUGCUUUGUUAAACAAUAUGACACAUAGCCAGAUUACUGGUUCCCUAUCAACAAAGCAAUUUGUAGCCUCUUACAAGUUUUGUCUGAAAGGAUGGAUCAUUUUGUUGCCUUGGUUACUAUGUCUUUUUUGCCAUUGCUGUGACAUAAAUGGGAAGGUGCAAUCUCAGUUUACCUCUAUUGCCCAACCAAGCUACAUAGGAAGGCGACGAAAAAAAAAAAAAAAGUGAAAUGUAGAAGGUUAUUUUGUUAUUUUAUUAUCUUGUCAGAAUGUUAGUCAAGCCUAUUUGUACAUUUGUCUCCACUGUCAAAAGACCACACGUUUUUAUGUGAAACAGCCGCACCUUCAGCUGCUGUUUGCUUACACAGAGAAAGAAAACUUCUCUCUGUUCAAAAUUCUUUUAUUAAACACAAUUUACUCAAAUCAGCCACAGUUAAGCCUCUAUCACUAAUGCAACCCAUUGGCAGCUUCUGUGUGCGUUUGCGUUCAGAUUUUGAUAAGGCCUGUCCCGCACGGAUGCAAUACAAAUUACUUUACACAGAAUGAACAGCAGCACCGGCCUGGAGAUCUGUGACUGUGAGAUUUUGACACCUAGAGACAGAUUUGGGGAUGAAAUGAUUGUGACACAGAUGCAUUGUGUUCUAUAGACCUGCAUUCGCCUGACUUGGCAGCCUGAUGUUUGUACUUCAUUAUGUAUUGUAUGUCAUUUUAGUAUUAUCCUAUUAGAUGGUGCAGUGUAUAUUGGGAAAAAAUGUUGUUCAGGAGUCAUGUCUGUAACAGUAUUUUCGCUUUAUCCACAAUGGAUGUGCGUUUGCCUUCAAAUCAUUCCAUGAUUUGUUUUAAUUUGGUGCUAUAGAUACUUUUUUAGCAGUAGGUGUCACUUUUUUUCAAAUGGUGAAUGCGUCAUUUUGACAUGAAAGUUCAAUCAUUUUCUACAGAGAAAAAAACAUUAUAUUAAAGUACAUAUUUCUUUUCUUUUUAAAUCAUAUGCUCAAGGGCAACCAGUGCUCGUUAUUCUGUGGAUUCUGUCAUUUCACCUUCCCAUGGACUGAAGGGAUAAAAGUAACUAAAAAAACAAGAAUUAUGAAAUAUUACCAAUUAUAAUGAAUAGAUGUCUGAAGAAAAAAUAGAGUGUAAGACUUAUGAAUCUUUGUUCAUGGCAUGCCAGUUCCAUUUGUGAGAAAAGACUGUUUUCUAUGAAUAAGCAUGUCUGGCCUUGAGAACUCUUUGAGCUGUGUUUUGCUGUUUAUAUACUUUAUGUACAAUAAAGGACUGCAGCUGUGUGGAA